CUUACCCUAUAUUUUUUAUUUGAUAUUUAUUGUCUGUGACCUAACCUAAAAAUAAAUUUAACCAUACACUCUUUAACAAGUUAAUAAUUAUUUUUGAGUGUUAUGUUGUUUUACCAUGAAUACAAACAAUAAUUCUGAAGAACCAAUUAUAAAGAAAAGCCGCAUAGAAAAUGAACGCUCAAUAGACACAUCAUUACUAGGCAAAGUGGAGCAAAAAGUUAGGAUACGAGUUCGCAAAAAGCAUAUUCCAAAGUUCCGGCUGAUUACCACUGGGAUAAAUGCUCUGCUGACCACACCUUCACAUGACAGAGUACCUUUGACCCUCACAGAUGUACAGCAUUUGUUGUUGCAUUCCCUAUUAGGCAACCUCAACCUGGCUCAGUCACCACGCUGGUAUGUACUAGACAAAUGUGACCACAUAAAGCAAACCACAUGUCUCAUAGUGGAAGGAAUCUCUAUUAAACAUUGGGAGACAUACAUAGACAGUUUAUCAAAAACAAAGAAAAUAUUCAAUGAUAUAAUAGAGACUCUUACACCCUCUGUUUAUGGUGGGUCUUUAGUAAAGGAGAUAGCAUUGGUUCCUCUUUCUGAAGCUGAUAAAGAAAGUUUAAUACAAAAAUAUGGCAGUAUGAACUUGGCUCUAGAGGUAAGAAAAGAUUUAAAUAUUAUGAUGAAAGCUGUUUUUCCUAUUGGUGAUGAAGCAACAGAGUCAUUGGAUGAAUCCAGCUUUGAGGAGAAAUUUCCAAGGACACAAUUAAUUCUUUCAGCCUGGCAGUUAAUAGAGGAAAAUUAUCCUGUGCCUUUGAAAGGUAAAUUAAAAACAAUUUAUGCAGAUUAUGUUCUAUCAAAUGUAGAGUAUAAACCUGUAACAGCAAAAUCACCAAUGUUUGGAUUAGACUGUGAAAUGUGUCUCACAGAUGCUGGUUCAGAACUAACACGAGUAUCUAUAGUCAAUGAGAAACAUAAAACAAUAUAUGAAUCUCUAGUUAAGCCCUAUAACAAAAUAGUUGACUAUUUGACACGCUUUUCUGGUAUCACUGAGACAUUAUUAAAAAAUGUAACAAAGCGGCUAGAAGAUGUACAAAAAGAAUUAAGAGAAUUACUACCACCAGAUGCCAUUUUGGUUGGCCAGUCGUUACAGUCAGAUCUCCACGCCUUGAAAAUGAUGCAUCCAUAUGUAAUAGACACUAGUACUAUAUACAAUGUGACUGGUGAGAGAUCGCGAAAGCCAAAACUGAAAGUGUUAGCAAAAGAAUUUUUGAAUCAAGAUAUUCAAAACAGUAAGAGUGGUCACUGUUCAGUUGAAGAUUCACUUGCUUCGUUAAAGCUAGUUCAGCUGAAGCUUAGCAAGAGCAUGGAGUUUGGAGACGCUGUGCACACUAACAGACAAAGCUAUAAAGAUAAUGUUAUAAAGAAGGCCAUACAGCAACAGCAAGAGUAUGCUUUAUCUAUAUUCAACCAUAUAAUUGAUCAGAAAAAAACUUCCAUAGUAAUUGGAUGUGACAAUAUCACAGGUGAUUAUCACACAUUCUUAACACAGGCUAAAGAAAAUCUAAAUAAUCAAUUGAAAAAAGGGAAGCUGAGGAAAGUUAAACUAAAUACAGUUGAUAGAAUGGAAGAUGUUAUUACAAAUAUAAUGGAAGUUGGAAAUGAUUACAAUUUAGUGAUGGGCCAUUUGAAAGUGGAAUCUGAGUGUGUUAACUCGGAAUUGAUGCAAAAAAUUGAUGAAUGGGUUGAGAAAAUUUGGAACAGUGUGCAAGACACCGCGUUGUAUGCUAUUGUGUUUGGUGGAACAACUGCUGACAAUGGUGUUGCGAUGGUGAAAGUGAAAAGUACUUUGUAACCAUUUGUGUAGUGAACUUACAAGCACAUUCAUAUGUGUGUACAUUACAGUUUUGUAUAGGUUGUAAGGUAUGUAAAUAUAUGAUAAUACUAUAAAGACAAUAAACACUAUUUUCUGUGUC